UAUAAAAUACACGCACUUAUAAAAAUAUUAAAUAAAUAAUUUAGAUACAAAAUCUUUAAAAAAAUAAUAAAUAUAUACAAAAUAUUAUAAAAAUGUCAGAUUCAAGUAGUGAAGAUGAUGAAAUUUUACAAGAAAACGAUGCUGAAAGUAGUGAUAGUGAUUCCGAAAACAAUUUACAGAAUCAAGAAGAAUAUGAAGAUGAAUUGAUUAAAGCAAUCAAAGAAGCACAACAAUUCCAAAGAAAUCAUCCACCCGAUAUAAACACAGAAGAGUUUAAUGCUGAUAUAUGUUUUCAUCCCAAAAAUGAUUUGUUAGGGGUAGCAAAUAUGUUAGGAGAUAUACAAAUUUAUAAAUAUAGUACAGAUGCAAAUGAACUUAUAGCAACACACGAAUGCCAUCUAAAAUCAUGUCGUGAUAUAGAAUUCAGUGAUGAUGGUAAUAUUCUAUAUUCUACUGCAAAGGAUAAAUCAAUAGUUUUGACUGAUGUUGAGAGUGGUAAAUUUAUACGAAAUUAUGAAGAAGCACAUGAGGUGCCUGCUUAUUGCCUCACAAUUAUUGAUGAAAAUAUAUUUGCUACAGGAGAUGAUGAUGGAUGUGUUAAUUGGGAUUUAAGAGUCAAAGAGCAAGACCCAUUUUUUUCUUUAAAAAAGUGCGAGGAUUAUAUUUCUGACAUGAUAACUAAUGACCACAAAAAAUAUUUAGUCUGCUCAAGUGGUGAUGGGUCACUGACAACAAUAAAUAUAAACAUGAGAAAAAUUCAUGUGCAAUCAGAAGAAUAUGAGGAGGAACUUACUUGCUUAGGACUUUAUAAUUAUGAAACCAAAAUUGUGGCAGGUAGCAGUAAAGGACGCUUGUAUAGUUUUAAUUGGAAUGAAUUUGGAUUGCAUUGUGAUUCUUUACCUGGACCUAAGAGAUUAAUAUCUUGUUUAAUACCGGUAACAGAAAAUAUUGUAGUUUCUUCUGGGGAAGAUGGUAUACUUCGUGCAACACAUUUGAGCCCUCAGAGACAUUUAGGAGUGGUAGGGCAACAUAAUUUAUUUGUUGAAUCAAUGGAUAUAUCGAAUGAUGGAACCAUAAUUGCUUCGUCAUCUCAUAAUAAUGAUAUUAAAUUUUGGAAUAUACAAUACUUUGAAGAUUAUGAAAAGGCAAACACUAAAGAAAAACACAAUAAAAAGAAAGAAAUGAAGAAAAAUUUACCCUCUAGCAAAAUGAAAGAUGCUUCGGAUUUCUUUGCUGGAUUUGCUGCAUGAUCGUUAUUAAUUAUUGAUUGUUGGGUUUGGCGAAUUAAAUAUUUUUGAAGAUAAACCAUUGCUGUAUAACUAUAAUGUUUACUUCUCAAUAUAUAUAUAUUACAUUUCAAUUUAUAAAAUAAACCUGUUAUUUAUCACAAUUUUUUUUAUACUUCAGAAAC